GCAAAGCCACGAUUUUUUUUCACUUGGCUGUGGACUUUGUUAUAGUUUCUUAGCUGUUAGCAACAGCAAAAUUGUGAGCAUGGCGAGCUUGCCGUCUCCGUCGUCUCCGGCGUCGCCAUCCUCCUCUGCUUCUAGCUCCGACAACUCCGCCACUCGACCCAUCUCUCACUCUCCUCCAAAUCCACAGGUUGAAGCUGGAGCCAACAAUGGAGUUCUGGAUGCCGAGGAGAAGAAGCCUGGUAUUGUUUCUGCAUAUUAUGAUGACCUCCAUAGCGCAAACCACAUCGAGAAGUUCAAGAAAUAUGAAGUGGACUACAGUCGUUGGUUGACUGCAAAAUACUUCUCAAAGACGAACCUAUAUGGAGGCAACAUCUUUGAUGAGAGUGUGACAAUACAUGAUCAGGUUAUAAAGUCGAGCAGAUGGCCUUGCACCCUCUCAUAUGCAGACCCGGUCCAGGGUUUUGAAGAACAGAGCAACAUCUUUUCAACUUUUACCGCUACAGCAGAAACCUCGCCUAACGUCUCAAAUGGGAAGCAUCAAGUAAAGAAAAGCGAUUGAUGAUAGGUUUUUUUUCGAUUUUCAGGGCCUGUUUAUAUCUAUUGUUUCAUAAACGAAUGUUCUGAUGCACGCUAACAAAUGACUUGGAGUACAUGGACCCAAAAUUUUGAAAAUCUCUAAUCGAGUUAUCAGAAGUUUCUUA